AUGAUCAGAGGACAAGAUCAGAUAAAAUUUGUUCAAGACUGGGAUGUACCUAGACCAACCCCACUCUCAACCCUCAUAGAAGCAAAUUUGGAAUUCAAAAGCUGUCAGGACAAAUUGAAAAAUCAGAUUAAUGAAUCAGAUAGCGUUAGACAGGAAAUCAACGAGAAAUGGAAGGAGCUUAAUGAUAAAAAACAAAUGUUAAAAACAUUACAUUUGGAAUUUGAUAAACUGGAAAGUGAAGACAAAAAGAAUCGAGCCAAAAAAAAAUUGGAAGAUGAGAAGAAAUUGCAGGGCAAAUUAUUAGAGCAGCUACAGAGUGUAAGACAGGAAGUCCAAGAACUCGGGGCAGUCAAAAGCAAAAUGGAAGCAUAUUUGAACCAGUAUAGGAUAUUUGAGGAGUACUUGCAAUACGUAGUGCAUCACAACAGUGAGUUCAACACUGUCAACGAUAUAUUAGAGAGAUACAGAGUGUUGAGGAAUAUGCAAACUCAGUUGGAGAAAACUGUAGAGGAAGAUUUGCAGUUUAUGAUACAGUCCAGAAACGACAUUGAUGACUUGACUGAGGAAAAAUGUAACGACAUUAACGGGCUCGUCAAUCGGCUAGCGAAGGUACGAGUGAAGGCUAAAGCUGCAAGUGACAACCUUCUGUACUGGGAUACUUUGGUCACAACCAUCAAAACAUUCACUGCUGAAAAGUCUCUUGAAAUACAAAUGGUCCGAGACGCCACCUGGAGUUUGUACUUGCAGAUGUGCCGCAAACAUAAAGUUGAGGACCCAGUGGCCAAGAAUAAUUUUGAGAAGCAUAUAAGCUUCAUUUACAAAACCAUACAGCAAUAUAAACAUAUUGUUCAAAUAGCCCUAAAGAAAUCAAAGUCACCAUUUCAAUCUCAUUGUCCGAAUACAUCCGCAGUUAGUGUAAAAAAGCCAAACUUGUAAAAAGA